GGAAGUGACGCAGACUGACAGUUACCGUCGUUAUUUGAACACAACAGACGCGCUGAAAGUAAACAACAGAUGAAAUCAGCUCUGCAUCAUUAUGAGAGUCUUUAAUUAACACUCGAGAUGACAUGGCGUCGAAAGCAGAGCAGCUGCUGAUUGUUGUGUCCAUUCUUGAAGGCCGCCAGUUUCCCAGAAGUCCUCGGCUCUCUCUGGUCGUUGAGGCUCGCUUCGACGGAGAGACUUUGGCCACAGACGCGGUGGAGCAUCGAGAACAUCCACAGUUCUGCACUGAACUGGCCUGGGAGCUCGACCGGCGGACGCUGCACCAGCACAGGCUCCAGCGGACUCCCAUCAAGCUCCAGUGCUACGCCGUGGACUCCGGCUCGUGUGCCCGAGAGAGCGUGGGAUACAUCGUCCUUGAGCUCAGGUCCGUGCAGGACGUCAAGCAGGCUCCUAAAUGGUAUCCUCUGCUCAGCAGCAAAUACACGAAACUCAAACCCGCGCUCCUGAUCGGGGUGAUCCUAGAGAACGACACCAAGCCGACCGCGGAGACGUUCAAGGCCAAGAAAGCUCCGCCGAGAGCAGGUUCUCCAGCGCCGGCUCCUCUAGAAGCUGCUAAACUCACUGCGGUUCUGAACGAGGAAGAAGCGUUUCAUCAGAUCGGACCUGCGGAUCUCUGCGCUGACAUGUUUGUGCUGUCGGUGACGGUUGCGUUUGCUACUAAACUGGAGCAGUUGAUCUCCAGCUCGACUAAGCUGUCCGUUGAGGGGUCCGAGUUCUUCUUCUAUUACACUCUACUGGGGAACGACGUCACCAGCGAACCGUUCCAGAACCUCCUCAGUCCAAACUUCGAGCCGGAGCGAGCGUCCGUACGCAUCCGCAGCAGCGACCGGGUCCUCCGCCUCUUCCUCAGCCAGCAGCCGUGUCUCCAGAUCCAUCUCUGCUGUGGAAACCAGUCUCUGGGCAGCACUGACGUCAGUCUGGCCGGUUUAAUGAAGAGCGGCGCUGAUCUGGCCAAACAUCCGGCCACUAUAGAGGGCGCCUUCAUCCUUCAGCCCCCGAACCGGGUGAAGCUGGACCUGAAGCCGGUCCCGCCGGACCUCCAGCCCACGGUGGGCGUCUCGGUGACUCUGAGAGCCGAGGAUCUCACUCGUCAGUUAGACAUUGAAACCGGACCUAAAACUCCAGUGAAGAAAGGCCCCGCUCCGGCCGGCGGUCGUGAACAUCGAGUCCCGAUGAGCCCGUCGCCCGACAGGAAGUCACAUGACCGGCCUCUUCUGUCUCCGGCUGCUUCUCCUGAGCACUCAGAGAGCGAGGCCGAGAGCCUGACCAGUGAUGUCAGACAGGCUCCGCCCACAGAUCAUGACAGGGAAGCUCUGCCCACAGAUCAUGACAGACAGGCUCCGCCCACAUAUCAUGAGAGACAGGCCCUGCCCACAGAGCGAGAGAGACGGGCUCCGCCCACAGAUCAUGACAGACAGGCCACGCCCACAGAUCAUGACAGACUGGCCCCGCCCACAACACAUGUGUUUUCAGAAGUUCCUGAUGCAGAUUCUUCAGUGUCUGUUUCGGCUCCUAAGAUCUCGAUCCCGGCGUCGGCUCAUCACUUCUGCUUCUCGCUGGACCUGCGCAGCGUUCGGGACCUCAGGACCAGCUUCCCGGUCAACUGCAUCCUCAGAUACGCGUACCAGUUCUUCGGCAGCGCGUCUCCCAUCAUGACGAGUCCGGCGGUGGAGGUGAAGAAGAACACGGAGGUGUUUCUCCCACAGUCCUUCUGUGCCUUCGACUUCGCCGCGCUGCCCAAUCAGCUUCAGGACACGUUCCUCAGGGUUCCUCUGCUGGUGGAGAUGUGGCACCGAGAGCCCGGUUCUCCUGAUGUUCUGCUGGGUUCUGUCAGUAUUCAGCUGUCCCGCCUCCUCAGCUCGGAGAAGACCCGGUUCCUAGACCCGUCGGGCCGGCAGCGCUGGAGGCAGAGCUGUACUGAGAGGGUUCCCAUCAUUAAAGCCCACGGGUCUGAGGCGUUGGCUGAACUCUGUUACAUGAGCGUUCUUGAAGAUCUGGGUUUGGUGAACGCUCAGGAAAUCCUCGUCUCUGAAUCCUCACAGGCCGCAGUGGUUCCAGGUGGCGGGGGGGCGGAAACACUCACGCGGCCUCGAGAGACGCUGGAGUACAAGGCGGCGCUGGAGCUGGAGAUGUGGAAGGAGAUGCAGGAAGACAUGUUUGAUGAUCAGCUGAAGCAGAAGGAGUUGAGUCACAUGCAGGCGCUGGCGGAGGAAUGGAGGAGAAGAGACCAGCAGAGAGAGGCUCUCAUCAAGAAGAAGGAGCUGGAGUACAGUCUGCUGGAGGAGCAGCUUCAGAAGACCCUGUCGGACCUGGAGAAGAGGGAGAGGGCGCUGGCUCACGCGGAGACCGAGACGCAGAGACUCCAGCGCGAGAUGCGAGCCGAACACGAGUUCAGCAUGCGGGAGCUUCAGGACAGCAGCCGGCGUCUGCGAGAGGACUGCGACCACCAGGUGGAGCUGGAGAGGUCAAAGGUCAGGCAGCUCGAGGAUCAGCUGACCCGGCAGCGACAGCAGACGCAGGAGUCUGAGCGUCAGCGGCAGCGUCUGGAGAAGGAGUUCCAGCAGUUCCGGGAUCAGCAGAGCGUGCGGCCCGAGGCCCGUCUGCAGUCCGAGAUCAGCCUGAUGACCCUCGAGAAGGUGGAACUGGAGAGGAAACUGGAAUCGGCAACUAAAUCUAAACUCCAUUAUAAGCAGCAGUGGGGACGAGCCCUGAAGGAGCUGGCCAGGUUUAAGCAGCGUGAGCAGGAGAACGCCAUGACACGCCUGAAGAAGCAGCAGCAGGAGCUGGAGCACAUGAGGCUUCGGUACCUGGCGUCCGAAGAGAAGGAGGCCGUCACCAGCGACAAGCACGAGCUCCAGGACAUACGCAACCAGCUCAACAGGCUGAAGCAGCAGGAGGAGGCGGCGCGCGUGUGCGUGAGCGAGCGCGCAGACGAGCAUGUGAGCGCGGACGAGCACGUGGCGCGUCUGCUGGAGGAGAGAGACACACUCCUGCGCACCGGCGUUUACACACACGACGACCGCAUCAUCUCCGAGCUCGACCGGCAGAUCCAGCAGGCCAUGAGCGGCAGGAGCACGUGACAUCAUCACGCUCAUCAACAAACCAUAUUCACCAGUCAAGACUGGGAGAGGACAUUCUGAAUCACUUCACUUCAUUUCAUGACGUUUUGCACAGAUUCAAUCAAAGUGUGUGUGAUUUCAUGUUCAGCAGGUGGCGCUGUCUCUGAACAAAUCACCUCAGACCUUCAUCGGGGCUUUAUAUGGGAUUUAUAUUUAUAGCUUUCUGUGUGUUUUGUACUAGAUGGAAGAAAUAAAUAUUUUCUUGUCUUUUU